CAAUGUCUACCAUUUGAAUACCAGAGAAGAAGACUAACGACGUGACCAAACUUCCGUGUUUGGUUCUGUGGUUUGGUUUGAUCCCCAUGAUUAUGAUUAAUCCGUUUUCGAUAUGUUAAAGAAAGAUCUACUGCUAACUAUUAGAAUUGCAAGCACUCGCGUUCAGUUGAGCCUCUGAUUAUUUACGAUUUUCGUCCUUUGUAUCGUUACUUACGCGCCUUAAGGUUUAUUUGCGGUCGAAUUUUUUUGGGGUUGUAUUUUAAAAUUUUAUAUAAUCGAAUUCUGCUUUAUGUAUGCCACCGGUGGGGUUUGGUGCCAACUUGGCACCACCAAAGUGUCGCUAAGUUUGGAAACCUUAAAGGCCAGCCAGGAAAGUAAGAAACCUGUAAAGCAGGGCACCGUCCCUGAAGGCGUUAAGAAGAAGGUUUUGAAGAAAGUAGGAUCGACCAGUACCAGUUUCAUUGGUCCCGCAUGUCGCCCGGGAAAGAACGCAUGUCGCCCGGCUAAGACCGCAAGUCACCCGCCGAAGACCGCAAGUCACCCGCCGAAGACCGCAAGUCACCCGCCGAAGACCGCAAGUCACCCGGCUAAGACCGCGUCUCGCCCGUCUAAGACCAAGCCCAAGGGGAAGGACAUUGAAGACAGCUUGAAUGACUUCUACCAGGAACUGGAGUCUUUGGACUCACCGGACGCUGCUCCGCGUCCCCCGAACAAACAGGCAUCGAACCAGGACAGACGCAACAGAAGAGAGCCGCCAAAUACAAACCAGAAGAGAAGUUUCGAUUCCUUCCAGUAUUCAGGCAACGAUCCUAAUCGCCAGCAACAACACUGGCAGCCGGAUGGCCCGUACAACCACGACAACAAGCGACAACGACCCAGUGAGGAUGACUUCUGGCGGCCACAUCAUCCCCAGAUGAUGGGUUUUCCGAGACCGCCCCAACGAUUCCAACCUCCUCACCCCCGCUUCUCUGGGCCAUUCCCAGGCCCUCCACCAGGACACUUUGUGCCCCAUUGGAACCCCUAUGCCCAUCCACAGGACUCCCACUUCCAACAAGACCAAUUCCUCCCACCCGGCGUGUGUCGUGAUCCGCAUCCUCCGGGCUGUCGACCCAGUCCUCCACCCCAUCCGGGUGAUGGCCUUUGGGGGGGAGGCAGCGGAGAGCCUGCCUGGCCGCAGAGUUCUGCAGCAGAAACCAAACUGGUCAAUUCGCAACAAGAGGACUACUCCACCAAAGACCCCGACUCUUCAUCAUCAUCAUCAUCGUCCUCGUCAUUGUCACUGAUCUUGAUGCGUGGUUUACCGGGAUCUGGUAAAUCAACGUUUGCUCGGGAGCUGGCGUGUACUGGGCCCACUGGGGUGAUUCUCAGUACUGAUGACUACUUCGCCAACCAGGACGGCUACACGUAUGACCCGAGUCUGCUGCCCAUAGCUCAUCAAUGGAACCAGAAUCGAGCGGAUGAAGCUAUGCUGAAGGGUUGUUCCCCGCUGAUCAUCGACAACACCAACCUGCAGCCAUGGGAGAUGAAGCCCUACGUCGCCAUGGCCCUGGAGCGAGGGUACAGAGUCUUCUUCCAGGAACCCAACACUCAGUGGAAGUUCGAUCCCGUUGAGUUGGAGAAGCGGACCAAGCAUGGCGUCCCACAGCAGAAGAUCGCCCAGAUGUUGGAGCGCUUCUGUUUCCCCGUCUCCGUGGAGACCGUCAUGACGUCGCAAGAGCCACCGCACACCAGCGCCCCGACGCAACACCAACAAAGAAGACCUUAACCAAUGUUUAUUUUAAAUUUUCUAUUCAACGUUGGUUAUCAGAUCAGUAAAUACAUUUUUACAGGGUUGCUCAGGGUUGCCAUGGGAUCGAAACGACUAUUUUUUACAUUGAGUGUUUUAAAGAUUUAGUUUAGAUUUGCCCUCUUCGGUCUGCGUUGUUUUAGAUAAUAAACUUUCUUAACCUUUAAAGGUGUACUGUGUUUAGUGGCAUCUAGCGCAACGGAAUCGACAGAAAUGGAAUAUUCAUAAGUAUGAUUAAAAUAGUGUAUAACCCCAUGGAAAGAACAAUCUUGUAUUCAAUGCUUUAUAAUUAGCCCUCUGUAUCUACAUUGGUAGCAGGUCAGAGCCCGCCAUGUUUCACCGCUAUGUUUUUACAAAAGCCCAGAGUAGACCAAUUACCCUAGAUAGGACGCGUCUUAAAUGUUAAUCAUAUUCUCUUUAUAACUUGUAAGCUAUGACCUAUAGUUUAACAGACUUAAAACCUUAUAAAUAUCAAGUAACCCCUACUUGACACUUGCAACUCUGUUGUAGACGAUCACGUCAUUUUGGAAAUACCUGCUCAACCCUUUCGGCCAGCGUUGCAUUUCCUCUAUUGUCAUGGGGGUGGGGGGUUGAUUGCAAUCUGCAUCCUCGCCGCUAGAUGGCACUAAAUCUUACACAUUGUACCUUUUUAAAAAUAUGAAAACGGAAAACACUUUUUUUCUAUUCAAUUCUUCCAUUUUCCAAACCAGGCUGCGUCAACCCACAAGAGAGUAGUGGCAGCUGUUGGCUACAAGACAAUUUAAAUGUUGGAUGUUUUUAAUCCAGAACAGUCAAUUGCAUGGGUCAUACUCUGCUGCUUUCGUAUGUUUAUGCUACAUUCAAUGGAUCAUGGUUGAUCAUUCAAACUAAUUGCUGUAUGAAAUGUUUUCUAGAAAUGGGAAAUCUUUAUUUUUAUUUAAUCACUUUUAGUAUUUUGGGGUUUUCUGUCUAAACAAAAUAAUAUAGAUACUAUGUGCAUAUAUGGUUGACCUUCGACCACGGCAAGGCCAAAAUUUCAGCGUCCUGUCUUCUUUGUGUAACGUUUGGUGGUUCUGCCGUUCAACACCCCGCUGACGUCCACAGCGUUCAUGCAACCUUGAGAGAGAUGCCCUAACCCUUAUCUGCUUCUCAAUUAAUGUUUCUUUAAAAUAUUCAUUAGCUUUGGAUAAAAGAGUUUCCUAACUGACAAAAUGUGUCCUUACUGC